AUGAUACACAAUAAUCAAAAAAGUUCUAAAAUUGACAAUCUACCGACCUUGAACACAAGUACUUUACAACCAUCACCAUUAAUAGGUCAUAAUUCAGUAUCACCAAAUAAACCAAACAUACAAUCACCAUCUCGAUAUAACGUAUCACUACCGGCCCAUGAGCCAGCAUUGACUAAUAUUUCAAAUAAAAGACCAAGAAGUUCUUCACAAAGGAAACCUUCACCCACUUCAAGACAAUCCUCAAGACAAUCCACAUCAAAUACUCAACCUACAUUAAAUUCAUUAGUAAAACAGAUACCUAAACAUAUUAUGCAAAAUCAGUCCUCUGUCAUCACCGAACUGGGUGAGAAAUAUUUCAGAUCAACUUAUAGAGGAGCAGUAACACUUGAGUAUUUAAAAUUCCUUUGUAAAGUUGCAACUUUUCAUGAAAGUAAGACGAACAAACAUAAGAAAAGAAAGAUAGACAAAAAUACAGACGUUAACCAAAAACUCGAUAUUGAACCUCAAAAUGUUGUUGCUGACCAAACAUUACAACCAGGCUUCAUCACAAAUGAGGAAAGCAACAAACUGGACAAUGAGCGUAUCAUGAAGCAAGACUCACCUUCUUUGUCUUCCUCACACAAUUCACAGGUCGAAACACCAACAAUGAAAGACAAUAACCUGCAUUUUGACAGUUUGGCCCCAACCACUUCAACGGACACGGACACUAGGGAAGCUCUUUCGACUCAAAGGCCACAUUCAACAGAUACUCAACCGAUUAUACCAGAUUCAAUUGAUACUACACUAAAAGCACAUGCUCCAAGACCUGUUUCUUAUUUGCAAAAAAUACUUUUAUCCCAAAAAGCAAAAUUAUAUACUGAAGAAGAUUCUGCAAACAAUCCAAGUUUUAAUGAUGUGAAUUUAAAUGAUGCAAACAACUCCACGUAUUCGUAUUCACAGACAUCCCAAAAUUUAUUUUCAAGUGCCGAUAAUUCAAAACUGAGUCAAUCAACAGAAUAUAGUGUAUUAUUCAGUCAAGAUGCUUUUGAGUAUAAUCAUCAAUUUUCAAGUCAAAGUUCAAUUAAACAAAGACAUUUCAAACGGCCAACAUUUUUUAUUAAAGAAGAUGAGCCCAGUGAGAGCUCUCCAGGGAUUAAAGACUUAGAUCAUGCUAUUGUCGACAAUAAACUUAGUGGUAUCAACGAAAUAACAAAGGAGUCCAUUGAAUCGGAAAAUUUGCAAAGUGAUGGAAUCCUUCAGGAAAAUACUUUAUCGUCAGUUAAUAAUAAUACUACUACCGCAAAUGCAGCUCCAAACACAAAUACGGAGCCCGUUGUACAUGAAAGUCAAGCAUCUCAGGAGAUACAAGUACCUGAACAAACUCAAACUCAAGAUCAUGAUCUGGACGUCGAUGAACCUCGAAAACACCAUUCCAAUGUUACUGAAAAUCUGGUUUUGAAUUAUGCUUCUUCCCAGCAAGAGAAUGAUAUAAUUGCACCCAACGAGUCAUUUGAACAAAAUGAAAUAAUGGGUGAACAAUCUGAGAAAGAUGAUGCAGCUGAAAUUAGUAGUGAAGAAUUAUUUGUUAAAGAUCUUGACGAUGAUACUGGUGAAUCAAAAUCGGCUACUCCAUUGAUGGAUAAAGGUGUUUCGGAAUUGGAACAAACAAAUAAAGUUUCAAUAUCAAGAGAAGAAAAUGAGAUUUCGACGAGUGGUGAAUUGGAAGACAACUCAUUCGAGGAAAAAAUUCGUCACGUUGAAGAUCAAGAAGUCAAAAAUGGAUCCUUUGCGGAGGCUUUCAUGCUUAAUUCGAAAUCAAAAGAGACAGAGAAUGAUUCAACAGGUGAUCAAGCUGUAUCAAAUAAUGAAGAAGAAAACCUGAAUGGUAUGGUGAGUUCAAUAGAUUUGUCGGAUAUAAAAUCAGCGGAAUCUAGUAAUUUGACAGCUGAGUCUAACAAUGAAAUUUCGGCAUCUGCUCCAGCGGAGGAAGAAUCGAUUGAUCCUAAUACAUUGAAUGAAAAUCAAGCUGAAUCUGCCACAAUUGGAUCAGACAAGUCAGCAGUUACAUCAACUAAUGUAGAGGUUAUCAGCGAUAACUUGAGAUCCACAAAAUCAAAUGAAGACAGUGAGGAUAAUAAUGAGGAAAUUGUCACCGUCAAUUCAGAAGCAAUGGAUUCAUAUGUAGACGCAAUCAAAAGUCCAGAUGAAAAUGAAAAAGAUAAUGAGGAUAAUGAACUCGAUACAAAUAUCGAUUCUGUCGAUCAUGAAAUGGAGGAGGCAGAACCAGCGCCUCUUGAAUCUGAUUAUACGAGAAAAAAUGCUGAUAUUGAAAGCCAUCAAAUUGAUUCGGAUGAGUUGGAGUUUAAUUCAAGGAAUGAACCAUCUGGUGCUGAAGCCCAAAGCGAGGUUAUAGUACUUACAUCUAAAGAUAGUGAUGAUGAAAUAAUUAAGAGUGCUGAGCCAAUUCCGAAUAAAGUUGAUGAUAAUACCGGGACAGAUAUUUCCAUUGCAGGUGAAGAGGAAAGUAAUUCUGGUUGGAACAAAGAAAGUGCCGAAAGUAUUGAAGAAGUCAAAGAGGUUGAAGGAGAAAAGCCAGGAAACAUCGAGACUGUUAUGGAAGAUAAUCAAGAAAAAGAUGAUGAACCUCAAUCAGAUGAAGUUAGCCUUAACAAGGGCAAAGCCUCUCAUGUCGAGGAAGAGAUAGACGGUGCUCAAGAAAUUUCAAUUCUAAAACCGGUUGCAGUUGCUGCCGAUGAUGAAAAAGUCCCAGAUAAAGAGCAAAUUAUGGAUGAUUCGAGUAAUGGAUCCAAUGAUUCAAUAGACUACAAAAUUGUUGCCGACGAUAUUAGAGAACUUGUCAGAAACAUAAAUAAUCAGAAUGAUGUCAAUGGUACUGAUGAAAGCGAAAACAGUCUGGACUUACCUGAAAAUAUCAUCAAUAUACUUCAAUCAAAAUCAAAUACGUUCCUUCAAAAUCUAAUGAACGAUUUGAAAAUGUAUGCAUAUUCACGAGAUUCAACAGAGGUAGACAUGUCUGACGUAUUUUUAUAUUUGAAAAAUAUUAACUUUGCCGGUAAUAAUGAUUCAAAUAGUGAUGUCGAAAAGAUUUCAGAGUUGGCACAAAAAAAUCUACCAUUUGAAUUGUUAGUCGAGAUUGAUCAAAGUAUUUGUCGAACUAUUGCCUUGUUGGGUGAAGAAGAAAUUGAUGAAGACAUGCUCGAAAACUCAAGUGAAAAAAAAUGA